CUACAGUCUACUCUUGUUCGAUAACUUAAUUAUAGUCAUCCUCAUUACAGCUGUAAGGAGAUCCAUAUAUAAUGGCGCGGUGCUCAAUUGAGUUGGAACCUAGAACUUUGAACGAACUCGAACUCAAUGUUGCCAGGGAAGCAGCCGUGGACAUUGUUCUGAAUUCCGGAUCGGGAUCUAAUGAAUUAGCUUCAAAACUUCUCCCUGAGUAAAAUUUUCGGAUAAAACAUGGUAGGAAAUUAACCUCAGAAAACUAACCAGAGACUACAAGCCAGGGCAACCUAAAACAUGUCUAAGACGUCAAGCCAUUCCAAUUCCACAAACAUUUCCCUCUUCUUUCAUCCAUUCUUCACUUGUUCCUCUAAACUACACAAAGCAUAUAAUUCCCUUACAUAAGCCUUAAAUUGGUUCUCAAUCACACUUCUUCUUAUCACAACCUUAACCUAGAAUUUCAUAUCUGAAAUGGAAGAAUCAGUUGCCUCCAAUUCACCACCACACCAUCAGAACCGGCUGCAUCAUAGGUUUAAGCCGACACAACCGGUGGCAGAUCGAAUAGUUCGAGCUUACCACCAUCGUCUCCGUCUGCUCCAUCGUUCCGAAAAUAAUUUCUUCAUUUUAGGCGCAACCGGCAAUGUGUAUACAGUCACUUUAUCCACGGCCCCGUCUUGCAAUUGCCCAGACCGUGCUGUUCCAUGCAAACACAUUCUCUUUGUGUUUCUGCGUGUUCUUGGAGUCUCUCUCGACGACCAAUGUCUUCGGAGAAAAACCCUUAGGACAUGUCAACUUACGCGUCUACUCAACACGCCCACAUCGCUUCAAUCCAUGGCCGGUGCACGCGCACGUGAGAGAUUCCAUCAUCUAUUCUCAACAUCGAAUGCAAGCCCUCCGCCCCGAAUCGAGUUGGGAAACGACGCUACCUGUCCCAUAUGUUUAGACGAGAUGAAUAAAGAAGACAAAGUUGUAGAAUGUGGGACGUGUAGGAAUGUGUUGCACAAGGAAUGUUUGAUAACUUGGAAGAGAAGUCGUGGGAGGGGAGCUACUUGCGUGAUUUGUAGGGCACGGUGGAGGGAGAAAGCCGAACAAGAUAAGUAUCUUAACCUUGCUGCCUAUGCCGGAGAAGAAGACACCAUUCAAGAUGGAGUUCAUCUCUGCUGUGACUAACUAUAUAUAUAGAUGGCUAGUCCAUGAUUAUCAAUUUGUAAAUAGUGCAUAUAAACACUUAGUGAAACUGAAAUGUCAUCUUCUAGUUUGCAAAUGGUUAAUAAAUAAAUUGAAUGCA